AUGGCUGGCCAGAUGUUUGUGGUCAAACGCGAUGGCCGUUCGCAGGAGGUGAAGUUUGACAACAUCACGAAGCGUAUUCGAACCCUGUGCGAUGGCUUGGAUCCUCGCUUCAUUGACCCCGUGCCCGUGACACAGAAAGUGGUGGAAGGCUUCUACAACGGCAUCAGCACGGCGCAGAUCGAUACCUUGGCGGCCGAGACCUGCGCCUACAUGUCGCAGAAGCACCCGGACUUCUCGACCCUGGCGGCACGCAUUGCGGCGUCCAACCUGCACAAGAACACCUCCGAGUCCUUCUACGAGACCUGCAAAAUCCUCUUCGGCUACACCGAUCCACAAGGUCGGCCUGCAGCCUUGCUGUCACAGGACGUUUACGACUUCGUGGAGAAGAACGCGACGGAGUUGGAUGCAGCCAUCGAAUACGACCGAGAUUUGGGCUAUGACUACUUCGGUUUCAAGACCUUGGAGAAGUCGUACUUGUUGCGGGUGCACGGCAAGAUCGUGGAACGACCUCAACACAUGAUCAUGCGCGCGGCUUGUGGCAUCCACUGUGGCGAUCUGAAGAGCGCGUUGGAAACCUAUGACUUGAUGUCCAGGAAGUUCUUCACCCAUGCGACCCCGACCUUGUUCAAUGCUGGUACGCCUCAUCCGCAGAUGUCCUCGUGCUUCUUGCUGAAAAUGCAGGGGGACAGCAUCGAUGGCAUCUAUGACACCCUGAAGCUAUGUGCCGUGAUCUCCAAAUCUGCUGGUGGCAUUGGAGUGGCCGUUUCCAACAUCCGCGCCAGUGGCUCCUACAUCCGCGGCACCAACGGCCACAGCAAUGGCCUGGUGCCGAUGCUGCGGAACUUCAACGAGACGGCCAGGUAUGUGGAUCAAGGUGGAGGUAAGCGCAAGGGAGCUUUGGCAGUCUACCUGGAACCAUGGCAUGCCGAUGUUUUCGAGUUCUUGGAGCUUCGUAAAAACCAUGGCAAGGAGGAGCAGCGUGCCAGGGAUCUCUUCUAUGGCCUUUGGGUGCCGGAUCUCUUCAUGGAACGUGUCAAGGCGGACGCGGACUGGACCCUGUUUUGCCCCAACGAGUCCUACGACGACGAGACCGGGAAGGGCUUGAUGGAUCUCUUUGGCGAGGACUUCAAUCGGCUCUACCUGAGCUUGGAAGCUGCGGGGAAAGGUCGGAAGACGGUGAAGGCUCAGCAUUUGUGGUCGCGCAUUGUGGAGGCGCAGAUGGAGACGGGCACUCCUUACAUGCUGUACAAGGAUCAUGCCAAUCGCAAGUCCAAUCAGCAGAACUUGGGCACCAUCCACUGCUCCAAUCUGUGCACGGAGAUCAUCGAAUACACCGCCGACGACGAGGUGGCGGUCUGCAAUUUGGCUUCCAUCGCCUUACCGACCUUCGCCAACACCGAAGGACGUCCCUAUGACUUCCAGAAGCUCUACGAGGUGACUAAGGUGGUGACCAAGAAUCUGAACAAGGUCAUUGACCGGAACUACUACCCCGUGGAGGAAGCCCGACGUUCCAACAUGCGACACCGACCUGUGGGUUUGGGGGUUCAGGGUCUGGCCGAUGCAUUUCUGAUGAUGAAGCUGCCUUUCGAAAGCGAAGCCGCACGAAGAUUGAACGAGGACAUCUUCGAGACCAUCUACUUCGCAGCCUGCGAGGCCUCCUGUGAAUUGGCAGAGCUCUAUGGAGCCUAUGAGACGUAUCAAGGGAGCCCAGUGUCUCAAGGACAGCUGCAGUUCGACAUGUGGGGCGUUCAGCCCAAGAGUGGCCGAUGGGAUUGGGCCAAGCUCAAGGCACGUAUCUCGCAGAGCGGCCUGCGGAAUUCCUUGUUGGUAGCGCCAAUGCCCACGGCCUCCACCGCACAGAUCCUGGGGAACAACGAGUCCUUCGAGCCCUACACGCAAAACCUCUAUGUGCGCCGUGUGCUCUCGGGAGAGUUUGUUCAGGUGAAUCGUCACCUUUUGAAGGACCUCAUUGCCCAGGGCCUUUGGAAUGAGGAGCUUCGGACACAGUUGAUCGCCCACAAUGGAAGUGUGCAGAAGUUGGAUUUGCCAGAAGACAUGAAGGAACUCUAUAAGACGGUCUGGGAGAUCAAGCAGAAGAUCGUCCUGGACAUGGCAGCAGAUCGGGGGCCCUACAUCGAUCAGUCCCAGUCCUUGAACAUCCACAUGAUUGAUGCCACAGCGGCCAAAAUCACUUCCAUGCAUUUUCAUGGCUGGCAACGGGGGCUCAAGACGGGCAUGUAUUACUUGAGGACCAAGGCGGCCGCUGAUGCCAUCAAGUUCACAGUGGAGGUGAAACAGUUGAAGCCCGAGGAGAAUGCGAUCAAGGCCUUGAAAUCUGAAGCGCCCAAGUAUUCCUGCGUGGGGUGCAGUGCUUGA